GUUUAUACGUAAGGCGUUGGUUCUUACCAUCGUGAUUGUGUUAUUAGUAAUUGUAGCUUCGGUCUUUUUGAUACUUCAUUUUAUUAAUUCUGCAAAAGAAGGGAACAUAUUUCCAUAUGGUAUAGGGAUAUACACAUAUAAAGUGCUGAAUACAUAUGAUCAUAUUCAUGACCCUUUAGUAGGAAAACAUAUAAAGAAUGAAAAUAUUUUGAAUAUAAGAAGAGAUGAUAAACAUUUUCCAUUUACCCAAGGAUUAUUUUUUUCGAAUAAUGAAACCUUAAUUGAAUCAACUGGCUUAUAUAAUGCAAGUUAUUUAAGAGAGUUUGAUUUAUUAUCUGGAAAAACUAUAAGAUUUCAUAAUUUAGAAAGUAAAUAUUUUGGAGAAGGUACUACACUAGUUAUUGAACCCUCUACAUUUAGAAAAUUUUUAUUUGUAUUAACAUAUAAAGAAAAAAAAAUUUUAGUUUUUAAUUAUGAAACAUUCGAAUUAUAUCAUACAUAUUACAAUGAACUUGAUGGUUAUGGAUUGACAUCUAAUGCCGAUCCAUUACAAUCAAAAGAAGAUUUACGACAAAAUAAUUUUCCAUUAUAUCAAAAAUUAUGGGCAACAUCAGGAGAUGAAUAUUUAUAUGAAUUAGAUAUUCCAUCCAACUUAAAAGAUACAGAUAAAUUAUCUGUUGUUAAUAAACAAAAAAUUAAAUGUGCUGGUUUCCAUAUUUAUAGAGUUAAUGAAUUAGAAUAUCAUCCUAAAACCAAAUCUAUUUUUGCAAAUAUCUUCCUGACUGAUUUAAUUUUACAAAUAGAUGUUGACACAGCAACUUGUUUGAAGAUAAUUGAUUUGAAGGGAUUAAUAGAACGUUGUAGCAACUAUAAACAAAUUAAGAACAAGUUAGAGACCGUACUUAAUGGAAUUGCCAUAAGACCCGAAAGUAGGCAAGAUGAAUUACCCACCUUGCUAGUUACCGGAAAAUUGUGGUCCAAUAUUUUUGAAAUAACAUUUGUAAGAAAUAAGGAUGCAUUUGCUCCGAAUGUAUUUUUAAAGGAAUAUUAUAAAACGAUAGGUAACAAAAUAUGA